CAGUGCUUCCCAUUUCGCCCACGCUCGACCGAGGCAGAAGCUGCCCUUGUUGCUCCUCCAGCCCCUCAGCAAGAGUGGCCACACAUCUGAGUCACCAUGGGCAAGAUGGACAACCCCUCUGUGGAGCUGAGCUCUCCCUCCGAGGUGAAGCAGGCAGCCCUGGAGGAACAAGAACCCAUCACCCCUGAGGUUCUGGGCACCAAGAAGAAGAAGAAGAAGGAGCUCCCAGACAGAGGUUCCUGGAAGGGGAAAUUUGACUUCUUGCUUUCCUGUGUGGGUUACGCUAUCGGCCUGGGCAAUGUCUGGCGCUUCCCUUAUCUCUGUGGCAAGAAUGGAGGAGGGGCCUUCCUCAUUCCCUAUUUCCUGACACUGGUGUUUGCUGGGAUUCCUCUGUUCCUUCUCGAAACUGCUCUGGGCCAAUAUACCUCUAUUGGCGGCCUGGGAGUCUGGAGACUGGCACCUAUGUUUAAAGGUGUAGGUCUGGCAGCUAUGGUUCUCUCCUUCUGGCUGAACAUCUACUACAUUGUCAUCAUCGCCUGGGCUCUCUACUAUCUCUUCAACUCUUUCACUGCGGACCUGCCGUGGCAGAACUGUGGGAAUGCCUGGAACACCGACCGCUGCUUCUCCAACUACUCCCUGAAUGACACCACCAACCUCACCAGUGCCGUCACUGAGUUCUGGGAGAGAAACAUGCACCAGAUGUCAGGGGGCCUGGGAGAGCCUGGCUCUGUUCGCUGGCCCCUGGCUGGCACGUUGGCCCUGGCCUGGCUCCUGGUCUACUUCUCCAUCUGGAAGGGUGUGGAGUGGACAGGCAAGGUUGUGUAUUUCUCAGCUACCUAUCCCUACUUCAUGCUUUUCAUCCUCUUAUUCCGUGGAGUCACACUGCCAGGAGCCAAGGAGGGGAUCCUCUUCUACCUCACACCUGACUUCAGAAAGCUCUCCGACUCCGAGGUCUGGAUGGAUGCAGCCACACAGAUCUUCUUCUCUUAUGGCCUGGGGCUGGGGUCCCUGAUCGCUCUGGGGAGCUACAACACUUUCCACAACAAUGUCUACAGAGACUCCAUUAUUGUCUGUUGUAUAAACUCCACUACAAGCGUAUUUGCUGGAUUUGUUAUUUUCUCCAUCAUUGGCUUCAUGUCACACAUCACAAAGAAGUCAGUCUCAGAGCUGGCCUCCUCAGGCCCUGGACUGGCUUUCCUCGCCUACCCACAGGUUGUCACACAGCUGCCCCUGUCCCCUCUCUGGUCAGUCCUCUUCUUCUCCAUGCUGAUGAUGUUGGGUCUGGAUAGCCAGUUCUGCACGGUGGAAGGGUUCAUUACAGCCCUGGUGGAUGAGUAUCCUCAUCUCCUAAGAACCAGGAAGAAGACCUUCAUCGCAGUGGUCUGUUUCAUAUCUUAUCUCAUUGGAUUCUCCAACAUCACCCAGGGUGGCAUUUAUGUUUUCAAGCUGUUUGAUUACUACUCAGCCAGUGGCAUGUGUCUUCUCUUUCUUGUCUUCUUUGAGACCAUCUCAAUUUCUUGGUGUUAUGGUGUAAACAGAUUUUACAGAAACAUUGAAGAAAUGAUUGGCUACAAGCCUUGCAUCUGGUGGAAGAUCUGCUGGGCCUUCUUCACACCUCUUGUCUGCCUGGGUGUGUUCUUCUUCAGUGUGGUGGAAAUGACCCCUCUGACACUGGGAAAAUACAUCUAUCCUGCAUGGGGACAAGGCAUUGGUUGGUUCAUGGCUCUGUCCUCCAUGGUACUGAUUCCAGGAUACAUGCUGUACUGUUUCUUCACCUCAAAGGGCACUCUCCGGCAGCGUUUGCAGCAGAUGACACAGCCCAGAGCAGAGGUGCAAGUGCAGAACAACGGCUCCCAGCCAAAGACGUCCUUGAAUGGGAAAAUCCCGGAUGCCGCUGUAUAGGAGGAAAACCCGAACGUACUCGCCCUCUCCCGUAGCUGCUCGCUCCACAUUGUCUCUCGAGCUCCUCCGGCACAGCUUCAUGUCCCUGGCUCCACGAUGGCUUUCACUUGUUGAAGAGAGGACCUGGUGGAGGAACCUACUUGUGUCCCUCCUGGCCUGGUUACCAAGGCCCUGAACAAGCUGUCACAGGGCGUUUUGCGGUGAUCAUCUUCAUCCUGCAACAUCCUGGUCCAGGCUACCAGGGAGGAGCAGGUCGUGCCCACGCCUUCCUCCUCCCGAGGAGAGGUGAUGUCCCUAAAGAACUUUGUCUGUUGUACACUUCUUUGCUUUUCUUGCCUUUUCCAUGUGAAACUCUGCAGAGCGCACCACAGCACAUAGGUGUGCUUUCCUCCCACAGAUCUUGCUGACACCGGGUUCAAGUCGCAGGUGGAUGUUGAUUUAUGGAGCAUAAACCAACACUAACAAAAAACUGGAGGGGGUAUGCAGAAAAAAGGAUACUAGGGCAGAACAAAGGAUUCUAGUGAGGAGUCCAGCAUGCUGGUAGCUGUAGGACACCACCCCAAAACUGGCGAAGGGCUUAAGGACAACAUGUGCUUCUCACAGGUGCCAUGUUUUAGCCCCAGGCAGU